UGACAUAAUUGCUUUUGUUGAAAAACACAAAAAGAGAAAAGGAAAGAAUAAUACAAAACAUAUGAGAUUAUGCAAUUGGUACAUGUUCCAUGUCAAAAACAUAUUGAGUAUUGCUUUUGGACCAGGUUGGUCGACAUAAAAGCUCUCCACGUGACCACCGUAACAUUUUCCUCGAUUUGACACAUCAUCAAUUAUGAACUUCCAAGAAACCUGAGAAAACAAAAUUAUGAACUUGGAUUUGGCACCUCUUGACUAGGCAGCUUAUAAAUACUCAUCUUUGCCUUCCCACCAUUCAUGUCAUGCCAUUAAUAUUCAAUUUCUCUUGUUAAGAAACAUGUGGUGCUUACUCAAAGCCUUUCAACUCCUCCACCUUCUUUUGUUCCUCCUGAUUUUUCAAGCCAAUCUUUCAUCUUCUUCUUCUUCUUCAAUUACACAGUUGUGCUCUCCUGAAGAAGCUGCUGCAUUGAUCCAAUUCAAGACCUCUUUUUCCAUCGAUGAAUAUUCAGCUGGGGAAUGCGAUGAAUCUUAUCCUAAGACAAAUUCAUGGAAGGAGGGUUCAGAUUGCUGCUCAUGGGAUGGGGUCACUUGUGAUAACAUCAAAGGUCAAGUUAUUGGCCUUGACUUGAGUUGCAGUCAGCUCUAUGGCAGCAUCCCCUCCAAUAGUAGUCUCUUCCAUCUUCCACACUUGCAGAAACUCAACCUAGCCUCCAACGAUUUUAACUCUUCCAAGAUGUCAUCUAAGUUUGGUCGGUUUGCAAGUCUGGUGUAUCUUAACCUGUCUUUCGCAUCCUUUGCAGGAGAAGUCCCAUCCCAAAUCUCCCACUUGUCAAAAUUGGUUUCACUUGAUCUCUCUUGGAAUUGUUAUCAACCACUUGAUAGGCAUACUCUGGAAGGACUCGUUGAGAACCUAACAGAGGAUACAACGAAAACCUUGCUCUCUAUUUUCCAAAGGUGAACCGGAGCAUCAAUCUUCAACUUUUAGAUCUAUCAGGAAUGUCCUUCUCAACAGAAUCGAUAGAUUCGAUCGGCAAUUUACAAUCUUUGAAAUAUUUGGAUUUAUGUGGGACUUCUUUUCCUGGAGGGUUGCCUAAGACUAUCAUGAAUUUAUCAUCUUUGGAGCAUUUGGAUGCAUCAGGCUCAUCUUUCUCAGGAGGAUUGCCCAACUCAAUCGGGAAUCUAGUGUCCUUGGAGUAUUUAAAUCUUCAAUUAUCCGACUUAUCAGGAUCAAUUCCGAUAUCAUUGGGAAACCUCUCGCAACUCAAUUAUUUAGAUUUGACGUCCAACUAUUUUAGUGGACAAAUUCCAUCCUCACUUACAAACCUAAGACAACUUGAAUUAUUAGACAUUUCUUAUAAUCAACUAGAAGGUUCCAUUCCUGAUGAGGUAGCUGCCUUUCCUAAUCUAAUCUCUCUAGAUUUGUCUUUUAAUUUACUCAAUGGAACACUUCCCUCAUGGUUGUAUACAGCUUCCACAUUGAAGUACAUAGCUGUCAGGAAUAACCAACUCAAUGGUGAUGUCAAGGAAUUUCAAUACAAAUCACUAGAAGAGAUCUUUUUAGAGAAUAACAAACUCACAGGUCCUAUUCCAUCUUCAAUAUUCCAAUUUGUGAACCUUACUAUUCUUGACUUAUCAUCAAAUAAUCUAAGUGGUAUUGUAGAGUUUGACAUGUUCUCGAAACUCCAAAAUCUCCAACACCUUCAUCUUUCAUAUAACAGUUUAUCCUUAAGCUCAAAUGGUACUAGUGCUAAUUAUACAUUGCCCAAUCUUCAAUCUUUACACUUGUCUUCUUGCAAUGUCAAAGAAUUUCCCCAAUUUUUAAAAGGCUCAAAAAGUUUGCAACAUUUACAUCUUUUCAACAAUAAAAUUUAUGGCAAGGUUCCCAAGUGGAUGUUGGAUAUGGGGAAGGAAUCUUUGUGGACUUUGAAUCUAUCUCACAACUCUUUUACAGAUUUUGAGCCACUCCCAUGGAAGAAAAUUCAUAUUCUUGACCUUAGUUCCAAUUUGAUUCAAGGAAAUCUUCCAAUUCCACCUUCAACAACAAGAUUCUUUUUUAUCUCAAAUAAUAGUUUGAGUGGAGAGAUUUCUUCUCUAAUAUGCAAUGUGAGUUCUCUUAGAGUUCUUGACUUGUCUCACAACAACUUGAGUGGAAUAAUUCCACAAUGUUUUGGAAAUUUGAGCAAAAGCCUCUCAGUGUUGAAAUUGGAGAUGAACAAGUUUCGUGGAAUCAUUCCUCCUACUUUUAUGAAGAAAUGUGAUCUGAGUUAUCUCAACUUACAUGGCAAUCAAUUAGAAGGGCCUUUAACACAAUCCAUCAUUAAUUGUAGAGGUUUGGAAGUGCUAGAUCUUGGUAACAACAAGAUCAAUGAUACAUUUCCUCAUUGGUUGGGAAGUCUUGCACAGCUACAAGUUCUUGUGUUGCGAUCGAACAAAUUCCAUGGUUCCAUUCAUGGAGCUAGGUCUAGUCAUUCUUUCUCCAAAAUCCAAAUUUUUGACCUCUCAAAUAAUUACUUUACUGGUCCCCUUCCUGUUAAAUAUAUAAAAAAUUUCAAGGCCAUGACAAAUCUCACAGAAGAUGAAAGUGUAAUAGGGUCAUACAUUGGCGGGCAUGGAUCUGGUGGCUAUAGCUAUUCUAUUGGAAUUAGAAUAAAAGGAGUAGAGAUUGAAUUGGUGAAAAUUUUCAUCAAGUUAAUGAUCAUUGAUCUCUCAAAUAAUGAGUUUCACGGUGAGAUUCCAGAGGUUAUUGGAGAGCUUGACUCACUCAAACAGCUUAACCUUUCUCAUAAUAACCUCAAUGGUUGUAUCCCCACAUCAAUGGGGAAUUUGACAGCACUUGAGUCACUAGAUCUCUCUUCAAACAAGCUUGUUGGGAAGAUUCCGACACAAUUGACUAGUUUGGUUUCUCUUGAAGUGUUAAACCUUUCACAAAAUCAGCUGGUUGGACCUAUACCUCUAGGAAACCAAUUCAAUACCUUUGGCAAUGAUUCCUAUGCUAAUAACUUGGGACUCUGUGGGUUUCCAUUAUCAAAGAGCUGUGACAACAUUGAGGCACCCAUUUUUCAUGAGGAAGCAGAUCCUGACUCUGGAUUUGAGUGGAAAGUGACAUUCAUGGGUUUUGGAAGUGGAUUAGUGUUGGGAAUAUCUGCAGCAUAUAUCAUGUUAACACUUGGAAGACCUAACUGGCUUGUGAGGAUGGUUGAAGAAGCAAGCUACAAAUUGAAGAGAUAUCUCAGAGGACGAAGGAAUUUGUAAAUUAGUAAGAAGCCCUCAUCGUUGCUGGUGGAUAGAAUGGCUUGUGUUCCUUUUUGUUGUUCGUUUUAUGUUCAGUUUGAUUUUCGUUUCUUGGCUGUGUUUUGUUUUGUCUUGCGCCCUGUCUUCUCUUCCAGGGGUUGUAUCAUGUUUUCAGGUUGUUUGUUACAGGGAUGCCCUGUUUUUGGUCUGUUAUGUUGCUUGGCUGUUGCUCAUAGCCAUCCAAAUGCUUGUUCUCUUCUGUUUUGUUCACCAGUGCUGAUUCCUGGUUGAUAAUGAAUUCUAUUUUUCAAAAAAAG